AUGGCCAGCGAGGCCAUCGUCUCCGGCGUCGUGGGGGACAUGGUCGGCCGCGCGAUGCUACGGCGCCUGCUCGUCCGCGUCGAGAGCGCCGUGGACGCGGCCGGGGCGAGGCGGAUCACCAGCCGCGCGCUGCUCGCCUGGCUCGCGGACCUUGCCGACGCCGCGCACCGGGGCCGCCACCUCCUCGACGCGGCGUCCCGGGGCGACGAUGAAGACGGCGGUAGCAGCGGCCAUGCUGACGACGCUGCCAAACAGGUGAUGUCGCGGUCCUUCUCCCUGCCCAGCUCGUUCAACGCCGCGAAGCGUCUGCGCAUGGCGGCUGGGAGGCUGCUGUCAGGCGCCGGCCACGAGCUCGACGCCGUCCUUGCCGACCUGGAAGGCUUCGCAGGCGACAUCAUGGAGUUCGUCAUGCUGCUGCAGUGCUGCCCUCCGGCGCUGCACCGGCCGCUGCUGGCCACGGGCAUCUACGCCGACAGCCACAUGUUCGGCCGACACGCCGAGAGGCGCCGCGUCCUCGAGUUCUUGCUGCACAAUGACGAAGACGGCGACCGGUGCUCGCCAAACCUCGGAGUCCUUACAGUAGUUGGCCGCGCCGGCCUCGGGAAGACGACGCUGGUGCAGAACGUGUGCAAGGAGCCCGCGGUGCUCGCGCGCUUCUCGCUCAUCAUGGUGCUCGACUUCCACUGCAUGAGCCUCAUGGCGGCGCCCGGCGAGACGGCGCUCUUCCUACGCUCUCUCUUCGCCGCCUCCGGCACGCCGAAUCCAAACGCCAUCAACAACGUCUCCGACGAGCAGCAGCUGAGGCUUCAGCUUCUGGAGCACAAGCUGCGGGGCGAGAGGUUCCUGGCCGUGUUCGACAACGUGGACGCGCGCAGGAGGCCCGUGCUCGACGCGAUCCUGCCGGCCCUGCGUCGUGGCGGCAGGCAAGGGAGCGAGGUCAUCGUCUCGAGCAGCGAAGCUUGA